AUGUUGGGAACAGCAUUUGUUCUUCUUACAAUUUUUUCUCUUGCUCAUUGUAUUCCUCUCAAUCAAAUCCAGCAAGCGAGAUUGAUUGCAAAUGUUUCCAGAACACUCUUCAAUCAAUCUCAACAGCGCUGUAUUUGUCAAAUGAUCAGCUCACUUCAAUCGAUCUCAGCACUGAACUAUUUCUCAUCAAAUCAAACAUGUCAAUUAUUUUCUUCGAAUUUAACUUUGGUUGAUCUGGAUUUAGAUAUGGGUUGGAUAGUCAUCUAUACGGAUCAGUCUUUGAUUGCAAAUAUGUUUCAACCAAGCACAAUACUAACAUCAACAUCCUCAACGUCCACAACAACAUCAACAUCCUCAACAUCCUCAACAUCCUCAACAUCCUCAACAUCCACAACAACAUCAACAACUACAACAGCUCCAACAGGAUGGACAUUCACUGGAAAUACGAGUAUUGCUCGAGUAUAUCAUACAGCGUCUACGUUAGCUAGUGGACAGGUGUUAGUAGCCGGUGGAUAUAGUGGUGAUGCUUGUGUUAAUAGUGCAGAAUUAUAUGACCCAUCGACAAGAACAUGGACGAUGACCACGAACAUGAGUGCUGCACGUGGUUUUCAUACAGCAUCUGUUUUAUCCAAUGGAAAAGUAUUAGUAACUGGUGGUUUCAACGGCAGUGUUUAUCAUAGGAGUGCAGAAUUAUACGAUCCAUCGACAGGAACAUGGGCAACAACAGGAAGUAUGAAUAUGAUUCGAUCGUACCAUACAGCUUCGGUUUUACCAAAUGGAAAAGUACUAGUUGCUGGUGGAAAUACUGCUGGUAGUCUAUCGAACAGUGCCGAAGUAUAUGAUCCAUCAACUGGUAUGUGGACAAAUGUAAUGAAUAUGACUUUUGCCCGGAUAUUUCAUACAGCUUCGGUUUUACCAAAUGGAAAAGUACUAGUCGUUGGUGGAAAUAAUGGUAGUAGUCCAUCGAACAGUGCUGAGUUAUAUGAUCCGUCAACAGGAACAUGGACAUUGACAAAAAACAUGAACAGUCCUCGACUUUAUCACACAGCAUCUGUGCUGACCAAUGGACAAAUUUUAGUCACUGGUGGAUAUACUACUGGUGGUUAUUCCAAUACUGCAGAAGUAUAUAGUUUGGCAACAAAUACGUGGAUUCUCACAGCAAAUAUGAAUAAUACUCGAGGCCGUCACGCAGCAGUGGUGUUAUCCAAUGGAAAUGUCUUAGUUACUGGUGGUCGAGACAAUAGUGUUACUGUUGUGAAUAGUGUUGAACUAUACAAUUCAUCGACUGGCAAUUGGUCGACUACACAACCUAUGAAUUUUGCACGACAAUCUCAUACAGCAUCUUUGUUAUCUAAUAACACUGUUCUAGUCACUGAUGGAAUUUCAUCCGGUUCAAUAUAUUUGAAUAUUGCUGAACUCUAUGAUACGAAAUAA